AUGCCUUCCACACCGCCGUACCGACCGACCGAGCCGCCCGAUUCGCCCACCCACGACUCCGACUCCGACCUCGACCUCGACAUCCAGGAGCUGGACCCCAUCUCCUCUGAGCCUGCCCGAGGAUCCCAACACGAACCGCCGGCUCCCGAGCCGCGAACUGCGAGAAUAGCCCUGAGGAACUUGCGCAUGGGAGGUUUGCGCCGUGCCAGUAAACGAGGCCGCGGGUACGGGGAUCUGGGCGCUGACCGGGACGACUCCAACGACCACGCCCGUGGGCUCCUCGACGAACACGAUGACGCUCGCCAGCCCUGGUCAGAUGGUGGCGGCAAUGGGGAGGACGGCGUGCCCCUCCUCGGAGGGGGACAGAGAUCUCAUGUUCGGCGGGCGUCGCGAUCUAGCCUCCGCCUACCGAGCUUCAUGACGGGCUCCAAGAAGCCCGAUGACGAAGCCCCUGACGAGCAAGAGGAGGACGACCCCUCGACGUCGAGGCACGUUGCCGUCGGAUCCAGCCAGGCCACCAAGUUUCCGACGAAUAUGGUCUCCAACGCCAAAUACACCGCUCUGACCUUCCUCCCAAUCACACUCUACAACGAGUUCUCCUUCUUCUUCAACAUGUACUUCUUGCUCGUCGCGCUGUCGCAAGCCAUACCCGCCUUGCGCAUCGGCUACCUUUCUACUUACAUUGCUCCCCUAGCUUUUGUUCUGUGUAUCACCAUGGGCAAGGAGGCGUACGACGACAUUGAGCGACGACGGAGGGACACCGAGGCCAACUCGGAGGAGUACAAAGUGCUCUCCUUCGGUGACCCUGAAUCGCGUCCGGCAACCUUGAGACCGCGAAAGCCUCUGAGGUCGGACAAUUUGCGACGGAACUCUCGGAGAGGGCAGGGCAGUCGUCAUGACUUGUCCGACAUUCAGGAGGAAGACAGCCAUGGGGAGGACGUCCAACCAUCCUCGUACGUGCAAGAGACUAGUCGCAAGUCAAAAGACCUCAAGGUCGGCGAUGUGUUGAAGCUAGCAAAAGGGCAGCGAGUGCCGGCAGACGUUGUCAUCCUGCAGUGCUAUUCCUCAGACGGCAUUACAGUCACUCCCUCAAAGGAGCCGGCGGAGGAGGAGGCGUUGCUGGCCCUUGACGAGACGGACGACCCCAAGGGCAAGCAGCCUGCAGCCGAAGCUAUCAAGCACGAGGCAGAGACCGGCUCGGUGGGAGAGGCAUUCAUCAGGACGGAUCAGCUCGACGGCGAGACGGACUGGAAGUUGAGGCUGGCCUCACCACUAACCCAGAACCUCGCACCCGAGGAGUUUGUGCGCUUGCGUGUGACGGGUGGCAAGCCGGACAGAAAGGUCAACGAGUUCAUCGGAACCGCCGAGCUGCUUCCCACGAGACAAGAUGCCACGACACACCACUCAAUGGUACCUCACGACGAACAACACACACAAUCAGUCGCUCUGUCCAUCGACAAUACGGCUUGGUGUAACACUGUAAUCGCUUCUCAGGGAACGACGCUCGCGGUCAUCAUGUAUACGGGUCCGCAGACAAGAUCUGCCCUCUCGACAGCGCCCUCCCGCUCGAAAACCGGCCUGCUUGAGUACGAGAUCAACUCCCUGACCAAGAUCCUCUGCGCGCUCACUCUCGCCUUGUCCAUCAUCCUGGUGGCUCUGGAAGGGUUCGAAAACACCGAAGGGAACGUGUGGUACAUCAAGAUCAUGCGCUUCCUGGUCUUGUUCUCGACUAUCGUCCCCAUCAGUUUACGCGUCAACCUUGAUCUCGGUAAGAGCGCAUACUCGCGGUUCAUUCAGCGGGAUCCUGGCAUUCCUGGUGCCGUGGUCCGCACAAGCACAAUUCCAGAGGAUCUCGGCCGGAUCGAGUAUCUGCUCAGUGACAAGACCGGAACUCUAACACAGAACGACAUGGAGAUGAAGAAGAUACAUGUUGGCACUGUGUCCUACGCCAACGAAGCCAUGGAGGAAGUUGUUUCCUACGUCAAACAGGGGUUCCACAUUCAACCAACCACGGACCCGGCAUCCCAGACUGCGUUAAUCACGCCAUCAUCAACGUACUCGGCGACGGUCAACGUGGGUGCAACUCGCACGAGGAGAGAAAUAGGCUCGCGCGUGCGCGAUGUCGUCCUCGCCUUGGCCCUGUGCCACAACGUCACACCGACGGUUGAUACCGAGGAUGGCAGAGAAGUCACCUCCUAUCAAGCCUCGUCGCCAGAUGAGAUUGCCAUUGUCAAGUGGACUGAGUCUGUCGGCCUGAAGCUGGCUGCCCGCGACCGCAAGAGCAUGACUCUCGAGUCGACCGACGGUCGGGUGGUUGUCCGCGUGCGCAUCCUCGAAGUAUUUCCCUUCACGUCGGACGGGAAGCGAAUGGGAAUCAUUGUUCACUUCCAUGAGAAUUUGCACGCCGCACCCGCCGACCUGAACAGCGGAGAGAUUUGGUUCUACCAAAAGGGUGCCGACACAGUCAUGGGCUCCAUCGUCGCUGCUAACGACUGGCUCGACGAGGAGACGGCAAACAUGGCUCGAGAGGGGUUGCGGACACUCGUCGUGGGCCGCAAAAAGCUCUCGGUCAAGCAGUACCGAGAGUUCUCGGCCAAGCAUCAGGAAGCCUCCCUGGCAAUCACUGGACGCGAUACCGGCAUGCAGAGCGUGGUUGCCCGCUACCUAGAGAACGACUUGGAGCUUCUUGGAGUGACAGGCGUUGAAGACAAACUCCAGAAAGACGUCAAGCCGUCCCUCGAGCUGCUGCGCAACGCAGGCAUCAAGAUAUGGAUGCUCACUGGCGACAAAGUGGAGACGGCGAGAUGCGUGGCUGUCAGCUCGAAGCUUGUCGCCAGGGGUCAGUACAUCUAUACGGUCGCCAAGCUCAAUAGGAAAGACAGCGCGCAGGACCACCUCGACUUCCUCCGCAGCAAGACGGAUGCGUGCCUGCUCAUCGACGGCGAGAGUCUACAUCUGCUGCUGACGCACUUUCGCAUGGAGUUUAUUUCCAUCGCGGUGCUGCUGCCGACAGUGGUCGCCUGCCGUUGCUCGCCGACGCAGAAGGCCGAGAUCGCCAAGCUCAUCAAAGAGUAUACAAAGAAGCGCGUGUGCUGCAUAGGAGAUGGCGGAAAUGACGUGUCGAUGAUCCAGGCCGCCGACGUUGGUGUCGGCAUCGUGGGCAAGGAAGGCCGCCAGGCAAGUCUGGCAGCCGACUUCUCGAUUGAGCAAUUCUACCACCUGGUGAAGCUGCUUGUUUGGCACGGCCGAAACAGCUACAAGAGGAGCGCGAAGCUGGCGCAGUUUGUCAUCCACCGCGGCCUCAUCAUCGCCGUGUGCCAGACAAUGUACAGCAUCGACUGGUUGCUUGUGGGGUACGCCACCGUUUACACCGCGGCGCCCGUCCUGUCUCUGGUCCUCGACAAGGACGUGGACGAGAAUCUGGCCAACCUGUACCCGGAGCUGUACAAGGAGCUGACAUCGGGACGAUCGCUGUCUUACCGCACGUUUUUUGUCUGGGUGUUUGUGUCCAUAUACCAGGGCGGUAUGAUUCAGGGCCUGUCGCAGAUCCUCACCGAGGUCGACGGUCCGAAGAUGGUGGCGGUGAGCUACACCGUCCUCGUGCUCAACGAGCUCAUCAUGGUGGCAAUCGAAAUCACGACGUGGCACCCCAUCAUGAUCAUUAGCAUCCUCGGCACGUUUGUCGUCUUUGUCGGGUCGAUCCCGUUUCUGGGAGGAUACUUUGACCUCGAGUUCAUCAUAACAUGGUGA